UCUCUUCUGAAGCAGCUGCAAGAAGCGGAUCUCAAAGGCUUUUCUCCGGAAAGCUGGUGGCUUCUGCGUGAGCUGCAGCCCUCGUACUCAAAGGAAGAGGGCGAAGCUGUGGGAAGCCCUUUCUCCAUGUGGGAGGACCAGUUGUCUGGAAGCCUCGAGGCGGAGAGAAGCAGCUGGACAUCAGAACGGGGCGACGAGCUCGCCAGUCUAAUCCAGGAACUUGGUGCUGCUGGCGAGGAUGCACCCGAGCUACUUGUCUGA